CGGCGCGGUGUUUAAACCCUCGGUGAGGGGCGACUUGGGCUUUCCGUCUGCCGGCGACCUCCCCACUGCUGCUCCGUGGAGGCCGGGGACGGCUGCGACGCGCCCUCAGCCAGCCAGGCAGAAGCGAUGGACGCGGCUCCGAAGGAGGACAUUCUUCUUUUGGCUGAUGAAAAAUUUGACUUUGACCUUUCCUUGUCGUCUUUAAGCGCAAAUGAAGAUGACGAAGUCUUUUUUGGACCUGUUGGCCAUAAAGAGAGGUGCAUUGCUGCCAGCUUAAGUAAUCGGACUCCCGAGCAGCCUCCUGGGCCAGCCUCAGGCAGCCCGGGUACCUGGAGCCCCCUCACUGGGGAGAAGUUCGUGGAGGUGUACAGAGAAGCCCACUUGCUGGCCUUACAGAUAGAGAGCCUUGGCCGCAGAGAGGCAGCCCAGGCUGCCAGGCCUGCUGAGCCUCAGAGCCAAGAUGUGGAGAGAUUUGUGCAGGAGUCAAAAUUAAAAAUACAUCUCUUUGAAGAAGAACAGAAAGUGGCGAAAAGUCCCACCUCACUUAAAAGAGAGACGUUCUGUGUGUCAGAGAGCUCACUGACAACACUGCCGCUUUUGCCUCCCUCAGGGGCACCUCCUUCUUCAGCUUUGUCCUCGGCCCUACCCAGCACCUCUGCCCCAACACAGAGGACCCAGAGACCAACGUGCACCUCUCAGCCUUUGCCAGCGCAGCCAAGUGCCUCCCACCUUCUGAACCAGGCUGGGCCUCCAAAGAGGGUCACCAGUAAGCUGCAGCCACCCCGAACUUUGGCUGUCAGAGGAAGACGCCCUCCCCCGUCCUUGGAGAAGCUGAAGAAAGAGGUCACAGCUAGCCUUCCAAGAACGAACCUCUCGAGUGAAAAGGAGUCCCACGGGGCUGUGCUCCCAGACAAGCCCCGCGUUCCUCUGGAUGCUUCCAGCCUGCCAGGCAGCAUGCAGCCAGGCCCAGGCAAGCGGUCACUCCCUGUUCCUAAUAAGAUGGGGCUGAAGAAGACCCUGUUAAAACCACCGGGCAGCAGCAACAGUCUCAUGAAGAAACCCUCCUCCUCGGGGCCGACUUUGAGCCUCGCUUCCAACAUGCGUUCAUCUCCAGUGGCAAGCAAAGUGAAGUCCAGUGAAAUUUCCGGUGUUCCCACGAGCAGCUUACGGGCCCUGUCAAACAUCAGCAAGUCAAGCAGAACAGGACCCACCAUGCUGCGCCAGUCUCUGCCAGCAGCACCUGCCGGGGCAUCCUGCAGACAAGCUAAGGGGGCUGAUGCUGCCCAGCCUAUGGCAGAGCAGCCCAAAGCUCCCAGCACAUCUCCCCUCCUCCAACCCAAGACCCCGGAGCAUGGAGACUCAAGACUGGACCCUGACUCCAUUUCAUCAGCAUCUUCUCAGUUGAAUAAAACUGCAAGCGUAAAAAGACAGGAUUCCUCUCUGAACUCCAAGACAAUCGUUGUGUCCACUCCUACAAAUCUAUUUAAAAUUCCCCAGUUUUCUAUUGGUGAGCCUCUAGACGGUGCAACACCCAAGUUCUCACAGGCACAGCGGCUGCAGUCGUGGCCUUCGGAUGGCAGAGUUGUUCAUAGCACUCCUGUAAGACACCCAUCGGGACCCACUUCGCGAGGCUUGCCAGGCAGCAUGCGGACCCCCAUGAGUGCAAGACGGAUGUCAGCCCUGCCCACGCCUGCCAGCCGGCGCCUCUCUGGCCUUCCGCGGAUGACCCCUCAGUCCAUGCCCAGACCGAUGGUGUCCCCUCUGUGUGUGCCUGCUCGGCGACUUUCUUCGGAGCCCCGGAAAAGAUGUGCAGUGAGAGCUGAGCCAGCACAGGAGAGCGGCAGGAGCACCAGUGCUGAGCAGGUGGGCCGAAGUCUGUCCCCACCCGAGAGCUCUCCACCAGUGGUGCCUCAAGCACUGCGCUUUUCUCCAGAGAAAAGCGACUUUCCCCUUCCACAAGGCUCCACCGUGGGAGCAGCUCAGGACAGAGCAGAGCCUCAUGAAGACCUGCACCCCAGUGAGGCUCUUCUAGACAUCGGGUUGGAGCAGCUCACCAUCACUCCCGAAGCGCCAGGCCAAGCCCCGGCUGACCGCCCUCUCAUCGACUUUGGCAGCACUCCUGAGACAAACAUAGUUCCAAGACCCAGCAGCCGGCCCCUGAUCGAUCUCAUGAUGAACACGCCUGAUGCAGAUAGUAGUGGUGUGGGUAAACCUAUGCACCCGAAGCUGGGGCAGCUGAUUGACCUUGGUUCCCCUCUGAUCCAGCUGAGCCCCGAGGCUGAUAAAGAAAACCUGGACUCGCCACUUCUCAAGUUCUGAGCAGCACAGGGCCCUUUGCUUUGUUUUUAAACCACCAAUGUGGCUUUUGACUCUGAGACACAAACUUCAGAAGAAAUUGUAUUUGGUUGGUAGGGCAAGAGAAGAUCCAACUGUACUUCCUGUGCCUGAAAUGGUAGGCUAGAGCUGGGGAUGUUUGCAGUGUGUGCCUGAGGGUCUCACCUCUAGGGACACCCCGCCCCGCCUUUCCAGUGGGCUGGAGUACAGCACUAAGAACUUUGUUUCAACUGUAAAAUUUUGUAUGUGAAACAGCUAGAGACUAUUUUAAACAAAUUUGUUUGGAAAGUUAAAUGUUCUAGAUUUAAAUUAAAUUAUUAAGUUAGAAUGUG